AUGGACAUGAACCCUUGGGAGGAGGAUGCCGCUAAAUAUCAGGACGAGACGUCGCAGGGACAGACGCACGACGCUCUCAUAUACCCGGGGCUGUACAGCGCUAGCAGCUGGGAUAUAAUGGGUAUUCUGCUCCAGAUAUACCAACGGCCGAACCCACAAAUACAACUGGGCAAACUGGAUGCUUCCUGUCCCAUCAUCAUGUGUGACUUGAUACAACCAGAUCAGCCCAUCGUCUACGCUUCUCCUACCUUUCUCGACAUGACCGGCUACACUCUACCCGAAGUCAUGGGCAGAAACUGUAGAUUCCUCCAAGCUCCUGGCGGCAAGGUCAGACCGAGGUCGACGAGGAAAUAUGUCGACAAGGACAUCAUCCGCAGGAUGCGCAAGGCCGUCGAUAGGAAGACGGAGCUCCAGAUCGAGGUCGUCAACUUCAAGAAGAACGGGGAGCAGUUCCUUAAUCUGCUGAGCAUGAUUCCCGUGCAAGUGGGAUCCCCCGAUUACAACUACUGCGUCGGCUUCCAGCAUGACUUGCGGCAGGACUAA